AUGAGCAAUUUGGAGUCAGAUUUGUCUCGGGUGAUCAUCACUAUUGGUUCAAUUUCAGCAAUUUUCAGUGGGAUAUUGGCAUUUUUAGCGUUGAAAUCUGAAUGGUUUCGAAAAUUCCGCUACCUGAAGUUCCUAUCUCCUCUUAUUAAUAUUCUAAUUAUCACAAACUGGCUAAUUGCAGUAAUUUAUUGUUUCACUCCAACGGAUGAAAAAAUGAAAAAAGCGAAUGAAUUCGUUUUGAAAAAUAUGAAAAUCCAUUUAAACGAACGACCAUUUUUGGGAUUCUCAUUGGAAAUCCAAAAAUCCGAUUUUCUAUUUUUUGCCGUUAUUUUCAAUAUGAUUUUUCUAUUUUUUGUUCUGUUUUCAUGCAUUUUAUUCUCUGUAAAUCGAAUAAUUUCAAAAAUUUCGUCGGAUUUAUCAAAUCGAAAUCAUUUUUCAUCGAUUUAUCGCCUUCUUUGUGUUCAAUGCAUUUCUCCGACGAUUUUUAUAAUUAUUCCGUUCACUUUUAAUAUUAUUACUGGAGUUUUAGGCAUCGAUUUGGGAGAGGUAUGA